CGACGGGCAAAGUGUCUCUCACUGGCCCCAUUGACGGUAAAGUAACUCGUCAGUUGAUCGAACCAAGUAUGUUUUGAUCAUCGGUCUCCCUUGGCUUCGUGGCUUCCUCGACAUCUGAUCUUGGAGAUUAUAAAGCUACACCUGCGUCUGCUGCUUCGAGCAGUACUGUUUCAAGAUUUUUGGGAACCCGUUUCGUAUCUGGUUUCCAACCCGACUGAAUCCAGCCCGUACCGCAUCUUCUCCGCACCAUGGCCAGAUCCGCAAGACGAUCAACCAAGGGCAAAGCUCCCGCUACAUCUACACCCUCCUCUGGAAGUUCAACUCCCAGUUCCCAAUCGGGGCCUAUUCCGCCGUUCACUCUGGCUCCAGAAUGCUUGACGCCAUUCCUCAAACUCCUCUCUCCAAAGGAGGUUUACCUCCUCCACAUCGACUCUUCGGCCCUCGACCUUAAGAAGCAGGCGUUCAUCAUCCCAGCCGUGACCAACGCCCUGAUUGUAGCCCUCAUUGCCUACCGUGUUUACGUCGGUCGAACUAUGUAUCCCGAACUUCUCGCGACCGUUCUUGGCCUUACCGAUUCCGCAAAUCUCGACACCUCCUCACUCUCCUUCACCGAGCUAGCCACGCUUAUUCUCCGCCGCGCUCUCCCAGUCCUAUUCGACUACUUCCUCGUCGUGACGUUCCUCCCGUGGCCACUCCAAUUCUGCAAAGGCCCUUUCCAAUGGCGGCGCCGCGUUGGCUUCCGCAACGCAGAAAUCAUCGUCCGCCGCAGCCAGUCUGCGCUCAGCGCAACCCUGGAGCGGAACCGCUGGAUCGGCGAAGACGAAGAAAUGCGCGACAAGAUUGUCGCAGCCGUGACGCCUGACCGCCUCGCUAAGACAGGCUACCUUCUCAUCGACGCAGACUGGGACCUCGACUAUGAGGCCAUGAUCAAAGCUCACGAGCUUACCAGCAGCACCAACAACCCUAACCAAGUACCCAUGGACGAAUUCCGAACAGCUGUCCUCGUUAACACAGACAAUGAUGGGUGGAUAAUCUGGCACGUUGGUGACGAAAACACAGAAGAAGGUCGCACGCGCUCAAAACAGCGUGACCAGAUCCUUGCCUUCAAGGAUAAACUAACAGAAAUGGGUCACGAGGAGCUCUUCUUCCGGUGGGUCGAGCUGAUUCAGUAUGAGAGUACGCAGCCGGGCGGAUUCACCCCGGAAAGACAGGCAAGAGCAAUGCUGCAGGCUAAGCAGCUGUUUGAAGAUGCUGGGGUGGAUUUUACGCGGUUUUGGCAGGAGGUUGGAGGGAUGGAGGGCUUUGGGGACGCGGAUGGGGAGGAGUCUGAGGAUCAAUUGGAUUAAUCUAUUUUUGUUCGUUUGUCGGAUAAGCGGCGUUUUCUUUUAUCUAAGGAGCUUGAGGGUGGAGUUGGUUACAUGCCGGCGUUCUGUGUGCAGGCUUCUAUGUCCGGGCGUUGGAGAAUACACGGCCACUAUAGAUUAAGGUUCGCUAGCAAUACUUGGUUAUUCUCAAUCUAAACUCAUGACAAUACAU